UCGCCACGGCAGUGAUGUGGGAGCGGAGGGAUACCGUGUAUCGCCACGGAGCUGAAAAUCGACUGUUUACGGGUGGAGACUGCAAGGAAUUUAAAUCCCCCCCGGGUUGUAACGCUACACGUUAAAGACGAGAUAACAGUGGUAGUUGAUGUGUUUCUUUGGAUUAUUCAGUACAGUUUAAUGUGGUACAUGUGAGCUCGAUAGGCCGUCGGUGAAAGAGUUUUCCAGGGGGUUGUUUUCGCUGUCAGUGGAUGGCCAUGGCGGUGGAGACGCGACCGGAGCUGGUUGGGAAGCGGUUCCUGUGUGUCGGUGGAGACGAGCCGCUGGAUCUCCGGGAUAUCGGCCGCUGGGGCUGGCGAGCUGGGGUCAUCCGAGCCGUUACUCACCGGGACAACAACCAUUCAGAGUUGACGGUGUACGUGGAGUUUGAUGACCUGGAGUGGGAGAAACGUGAGUGGGUGAAAGUGUACGAGGACUUCCAGGUGUUCCUGCUGGAGCAGCAGCUGGUAUGGGCCAAGAGGAGAGAGGCCACCCUGCUGGUGGAGAUCCCCCAGGGGACUAAAGACAAGCACAUCCAGUGGCCAGCUCUGAUCCACUGAGGAUUACCAUGGUAA